AGCUGGAACCGUUUGAGAGAUUUGCGGUAUUGGGUGCUCAACAGAGCUAAAGAAAGGCCAAAAUGGUUGGGGAAAACCAUUUAUGAAACUAUGAAAAAGAAAAGUCAGGAGCCCGCAUUCCUCGAGAAAUCUGAGAAGGCAAAGAAGAACCGAAGAGGUGGCUCCCUCUCUAAUCCAGUUGAGCCGUCGCACUUUCAGGGUUCCAUCUCGGCGGCACAACAUGCUAAAAAGAUGGCAAAGAGUAGAGGAGGAGUACUCCCUACCGCCCCCGAGUUGUUCUUGAAGACUCAUUUCAAAACUGUUGCUGGAAAAGGAGAAAUUGCAGCAAACAAGAGAGCAAAACAAAUUUCGGAGACGUACAACAAGAAGCUGGAUGAUUGUAGCACUCAAGGGUCACAGCCAAACCCUGAUUUGUUGUAUUGGGAGACAGUUGGUGGGAGGAACAGAGGAAAAGUGCAGGGGUUAGGUCAGGGAGAUUAUUUGUACUACAACUCUUCAUCUGGGCGAGGAGGAGAUGGCUCUUCACAACCAUAUGAGCCAUCGAUUUUUUCUCAGCUAGAGGUGCAGGUGGAGGCCAAGGUCGCUGCACGGAUGGUAGAAGUGGAGGCAAAGGUUGCAGCACGUCUGGAAGAGUCAAACCGGGCCCUCGUGCAGGAAAUGAUGCGGAACAUGACUAAUUUUGGUCACUUGUUCUCAAGUUGCAACAUAGGACCCUCUCCACAACGCAGACCAGAGGAUGACCCGGGGUUUGGUGGUGGCGGCACUACACGGACACUUACCACAGUGUAG